AUGUUGAUCGAGUUUCAUUUGACCCCAGUGUUACCAUUGAAGGACAUCCCCAGAUUUGUUACCUUUUCCGAGCCGGCCCAGACAAAUCUCGAAAGACAUGUCAGCCUCGCGUUUGAAGAUGCUGGUUACCAUCGACGCUACACGGUGAGGGAGGAGCCUCUCGGUACUGUGAGACCUAUUCGUAUCAUCACGAUCGGUGCAGGAGCCAGUGGAAUCAACAUCCUCAAGACACUUGACCAGGAGCUUACAAACUUUGACUGUGUUGUAUACGAGAAGAACUCUCGUGUUGGGGGAACCUGGUUUGAGAAUAGGUAUCCUGGCUGCCAGUGCGACAUACCCUCCCACAACUACCAGUUCUCUUACCAGCCAAACUACGCCUGGUCCAGCUUCUUCUCGCCGGCGAGAGAAAUCGAAGAGUAUCUCUGUAGUAUAUGUGAAGACGCAAGUAUGAAGGAACGGAUUCGCUUGGAGCACGAGGUUUUGGGUGCUUUUUGGAAUGAAGACACUGCUUCGUGGAGGGUGCAAAUCAGGUCGCUCCGCACAGGUGUGGAGUUCGAGGACCAUUGCGACUUUCUCUUGAAUGCAAGUGGCAUCUUGAAUAAUUGGCAGUGGCCUGAUAUACCAGGACUACACGAUUUUGCCGGAUCACUUUUACAUAGCGCCAAAUGGGAUGAAACGUUUGAGUGGGCUGGUAAGAGAGUUGCCGUGAUAGGCAACGGCUCAUCAGGUGUUCAAAUUGUACCUGCAAUGCAAGAAAGUGUGCGGGAGCUCGUACAUUUCAUUCGCGAACCGACGUGGAUGGUGCCUCCACAAUUGCAGAGUCUUUCGCUCUCGAAAGCUAGUGACAUUCUAUCUCAGAUUCAGAUGGAUGAGAAGGGACGUUUCUUGCCCGAACAAAUCCAACGAUUCAAAUUAGACCCAGACUUCUAUCUCAGCUUCAUAAAGGCUGUUGAGGAGCAGGUGAACAACAACUUCUCAAUCGUACUCAAGGACACCACGAACCACCGCAAUGCCAGAGAGCUGGUCACCCACUACAUGAAGUCCUCCUUGGGAGACAAUGAGGAGUUGAUCAAACUUCUGGUGCCAGACUUUCCCCUGGGUUGCCGUAGAAUGACUCCUGAUAUUGGCUAUCUAGCCUCGCUAACGAAAGACAAUGUGCGAGUCGUGUCAGACAAAAUUGUAGUUAUCAACGAGACAGGCCUCGUAACAAGUUCUGGAGAAACGAUUGCGGUAGAUGCUAUCGUCUGUGCUACAGGGUUCAACGUCUCUUUUCGACCACGCUUUCCGUUGGUCGGUCGGAAGGGCAACCUGCAGGAUAUUUGGACCGAAACCCACCCAUCUGCAUACAUGUCGUGCGCGGUGCCCGACUUUCCCAAUUACUUCGUCUUUCUAGGUCCGAAUGCUCCAAUCGGCCACGGAAGCGUAUUCACUAUUGUCGAGUUGAUCUCGAAAUACGUCACUGAUAUCAUCAAGAAAUGUCAGACACAACAGAUCAGAGCUAUAUCACCAAGCCGUGCCGCUGUUGACGAGUUUGCUGAGCACAUUGCCACGUUCAUGCCACGGACUGCUUGGGCUGGUCCCUGUGCGUCGUGGUUCAAAGCUGGCACCAGAGACGGCCCGGUGACAGCUCUGCAUCCAGGAAGUAGGAUUCAUUUCUUCCAUAUGCUCGAGCACUUCAGGGGAGAGGAUUGGGAGUAUGUGUACAGCACCAAGACGAAUCGCUUCUCGUAUUUGGGCAAUGGAGUGUCUUUGAAAGAACUGGAUGGCUCAGACACUACGUGGUAUCUUCGCGCAUAA